GUUGCAAUAGCUCAAGCGCGCGCGCGUGUUCUCCGGGCUCGAGCUGCGGCGGGAUGAGGAUGAUCUGAGCGAUCAGCUCCCGCGACGCGACGAGACGCGCCGCUCGCUGUCUGCGGUGACACUCAGGGUCGUCUGAUGAGCGGUCGGUGCUGAUGUGAGUGACGUUGGGUCGGGUCACUUUAACUCACCUGCACUGGAAUGGACUGUGGCAAACAUGUGUGUUGCCAUGGUGAUUAUUCACACUAAAACACUGGACAAGAAACCCGUUGAUGAUGUAACAUCUACACCGUCUCUGCAGCUGCACGAGUCCCCAACCAUGAGCCAGGGGACGGCCCUCUUCUCCUGUGGAAUCAUGGAAUCGGGUCGGUGGACCGAGGUCAGCAGGGGCUGUGGUAUCCAGCAACGGCCCGUAGGUUCCAGUCUGGAGAGCCUUUGGACCGGCGUGGAGGAGACGCGCUCUGCUCGCGAAGCGGGUGCCAUCAGUGGUUUGCUGUGCGAUUUGAGUCUGAGUGAAGCCCCAUCUCCUGCCGGUGCCGCUCCGCCCAGCAAACGUCAGUGCCGUUCGCUUUCCUGCUCCGACGAGCUGGCCGGGUGCCGGUCCGCGUGGCGACCGCAGGGCUCGCGGGUUUGGACGACUGUGGAAAAACGUCGCUGUCUUAGCGGGGGUAGCGUCCAGCGCGGAGGUUCAUCCUCCGUAUUCAGCCAGACAGGAUUUCCUGUGAUGCAGCGCAGUUCCAGCUUCAGUCUGCCCGCACGCACAAACCAGCUGGAGUCCUUCGGCCGCACAUUUACAUUCCACGCCUCCUCCGAUGCACCUCAGCAGGCUCACUACCUCUCUCAAGAGCAGAUCUCCCCGAUUGAAGCCGGCGGGCCAUCGGAGACCAGCUCUCCUGACAGCACUCCUGAGUUGGAGCGACGCGGCGGUAAGGGGGGUCUGGCACGCAGCCGCUCACAACCUUGUGUCCACAAUGACAAGAAGACCGGCGUGAAGCGCAGGAGACCAGCAGAUAGUCACAAACAGAGACCUUCCUUGGAUCUGCUGAAGAUGACAGAGAAGCUACCGGAUUUUCACAGCCUCAGCUGUCCUGGUUUCACCGGAGACGACUGUCCAGCGUUUGCGUUUACAGGUGAAUCGUUGCAUAUGGGGGGUGACGUCACAUCAUCUCAUCGGCAGUCAUCUGACAACAGCUGGGCAGCAGGGCUGACCAACGGCAAGGAGCGUGAGCGUUUGUGGGCGGGGCUGUGUAGCGGGAGGGGGCGGGAUGUGUUCCAGCUGGGUGGAGAAUUGGACAUUGAACAGAUUGAAAGAAACUGAGACACGUCGAGCUCAAUGCAGCUCUAAUGCUCCCAGAAUUCCUUGCUGUUGGAGUAUUAUGGGAUGGACGCUUCAGUAAGUGAACAUAUGUAAUCGACUCAGGGUGACGCACAUGGAGGACGUGUUCAUCUUAACGUGAUCUGCGCUGAAGUCUGGCGAGCUUUGUGUUGUGGAUGAAAACACACGUUUAUGGUAGUCAUGAUUAGUGCCGUGUCACACAUGAUGACACUUGGGACAAAAGUCAGACGCAGCAGGUGAACACAAACACACGCGCAUACACAAACAAACAAACACACACACACACACACACACACACACACACACACAUGCAUACACAUAAUAAAGGGCUUCAGAUGUGUAACAAUAGUAAUAUCAGGUAUUUCAGUUCCUCACUGGUGAUGAAAAGCUAUUUAGAAAUAUUUUUGUCUUUUUACAAUAUAGUAACUACAGAAGUAAAUGUACUUAUUUCUAUAUGAAUAAACAUUUUAAUGUGUUUGUAAAAAAACUCUGUUAACUUUGACUCAAAGUCCACAUCCCCAGUCUUUACUGUGGACCACAUGUCCUUAACCAGUAGGACUGACUGGUAAUGUUAACUAGUCAGACCUCAAAAUUACACAAAAUCACAAAAAACUUUAAACCCAAACGAUCAUCAUUUUCAUCUAAGUCCCAUCCCGACUUAUUACCGUUUUUGUUUAUUCGUAUACCACAGGUCUGUUAAAUGCUUUAUUCUGAUUGGUUGAGAAUUGUUUCAUGGGUUUUGAUUAUUUUUCUAUAACCGCACACCUGACCUGUGGUAGACCAAUGUCUGUGGUAAUUGUGGUUUAAGAGAAAUAAUUGUCUCCGGUCCUUUGGAAAAAACCUAUCUAAGGGAUUAUUGAUGACGGGCCGUUAUUUGAAUUAUUUUUGAAUAAUUUAAUGGCCUCUCCUCAGUUAAUUUUUUGCAAUAGAAUAGUAAGACUUGUUUAUGGUAAUGUAAUUGUGUGAUGCAAUAGUAACAAAAAUGCUUCAAAAAGACCUCAGAGGAGGCAGCAGACAUGAACUAAAAGCCACAAAUCUAUGAUUCUGAUGUUAUGUGGUGUUAGACGUGGAGAUGUUUUCUAUUCCCUGAGUGCUGCCUUUAUCUCUGAUUCAAUACCCAAAGCACAGUUUACAUAAAGACCUGUCUGUCUGUCCUAUACACGUGUUUGUGUGUGUGCACGUGUGUUUGUAUGUGCAUGCAUGCAUGCGUGUUUUUGUGUGUGUGCAUGCGAUUCUUCUUGAUUUCCUCUCAGAACCGCAAAACCUCGGAAUCAAUGUCCUGCAUACACGAGCAGACUCCUUCAAUCCUGUUUGAAAGCGUUUGAUAUUGG